AUGAGUGGCACCGGCAGUUCGCGAAUCGCCUGCAAUCUCUGUCGGCAUCGGAAGAUUCGCUGCGAUAAGGCUAAACCGGCAUGUGAGACCUGUCGCCUUGCUCGUGUACCUUGUGUUUUCAACUUGGUACCACACAAGAAAAACAUUCGAGAGCAGCUAGAAGAGAGCAAAGUUUAUGUGCGACAACUUGAAAAUGCUUUACGAGAGAAAGAAAAGAGCGCCUUUUCUGGCACCAUCAUACCCGGGUUGUUUGAUCCGUCGGGAUUCGAGACCUCCUUAAAUGCAUUUCGAUGGCAUCUUCAAUAUUGUACACCUGGUGUCGUGCCGGAAAGUCAAUUGGCCUCAAUAUUCGAUUUUGAUGAAUUUGCACGCCGGCUUGCACCAUCUUGUCCGCAGGGCCCACCCGAAAAUAGGGAUAUCGUGGUACCGAAAUGGCCAUCGCGGUUUGUUGUUGAGCAGGCAAUAAAUCACUUUUCCAAGAACAAGCUAUACGCGGUGUUCCCGGCCGUCCAGACCCAUGUUCUUACUUCCCUUUUGAACUCUAACGCCCUAAAUGAGAAUAGGGGAACAUCCGACUCGGCAAAUAAAGCAUGCCUCGUGGCAUUUACCGCGUUCAUGACGCGAACUGGACACCGCGAGCUUGCUUUCACGCAUCCAACACCGGAUGCCUAUUUACAAGCUGCAUUGUCGCUAGUUCCACAUCUAAUGAUGGAACACACAAAUCUUCGAGCGUUGGAAACAUUUAUUAUUUUAGCUCUAUAUAUUGCGCCUCUGGGCCAGCCCCAAACAGCCGAGCUGCUACUUUCCAUGGCCAUCCGGAUCCUUUACAAUCUUGGAGCGCACAAGAGCCAGCCACCAUUGAGCUCCCUAGUACCUCAUGAUUUCGAAACCCGUGAACACCUAAGAGCGUUGUUUUGGCUUUGUUACUCAAUUGACAAAGAGAUGUCUCUCCGAAAAUGCCAAGCACCAAUUAUUAAUGACGAAGAUUGUGACCUCGACCUGCCGGCAACAUAUGUGACAAUAUCUUCUAAUGAGAAGUUUUUCACGCAGCAGCAAACACCAGAAGGACUUCUUUAUGCGUCGGAUCUUCGAUUGGUUCUAUUCAAGUCCAAAGUAUACCGCUAUCUAUACUCGCAUGAAAGUCUAUCCAAGUCGGAGUUGGUCAGGCUACAACUAAUCAGAGAGCUGGAUCAUGAACUCCAUGAGCUCAAGUCCCAGUUUCCUAGGGCAUGUCAACCUCACAAAUUCGCUAUCCCAGAUCUUUCCGACACCAUCGCUCGGGAUAUUAGUCUCCGGGUAGUGAACAUUCACUUCGAGUAUUAUCACUCUCUGAUUAAAAUACAUGGCGCCAGUCUUAUCGGCCACGGUACCGCACAGGGGUUCUCGCUUCCUUCCUCCAGUUCGGAAAUCUGUUAUCAGGCUGCCAGAUCGUCACUCUUAUAUCUCAGCCGAGUGCGCUUCCUCAUAACUGCAGGUACAUUUUGGAUUUAUGCUCAAUUCCUUUUGACCGCUGUCCUCGCUCUAUAUCACCGUCUCGCUACAUACGCUGGGAGUGACCAUCAACAUGACGACGUUCGCAUUCUGGAAGAAACACUGAGUAUCUUCCAACAGCUCAAGAUCCGCGACGGCGCAGACUUCUUUCCUCCAUUCACAAUAACCGAAGUCUUAAUCCAACACCUCAUUAACCUGGUGCGGGGAUGA